AUGUCAUUACCAACCAUUACAGACGUCCGCUUCGAGCAUCACAGACCAGGCCAGGCUCUCGGAGUCGACGACGCCACGCCGCGCAUAUCAUGGCGCUUCGCAGAUGCCCCGAACAACUUCUCACAAGAAGAAUACGAGGUCAAGGUUGAACGCAUCAUCGGCGCGCAGGUCACCCAGCUCGGCAGCAUCAAGGUCAUCUCCCCAGAAUCUCGCCUCGUGCCCUGGCCGCUCGAGCAACCGCUGGCUUCCCGCACGCGAUGCAGCGUCAGCGUGCGCGCACGCCAACAGGGACAGCGGGAAUAUACCGCCUGGAGCGAUCCCGCUAUCAUUGAGACGGGGCUCUUGGAUCGGAGAGACUGGUCGGCACAGCUGAUCUCUGCACCGUGGGCCGGCGACGACAUUGAGACGCCCCUGCCCGAGGACCUCUUCCGAAAAGACUUUACCUUUGACGCGCCGGUGCGUUCUGCGAGGCUUUACAUCACGGCGCUGGGUGUGUAUGAGGCUGAGAUCAACGGGAGGAGGGUCGGCGAUCACUUUCUGGCGCCGGGCUGGACGUCCUAUGACGACCAGCUGACUUACCAGACACAUGACGUGACCGAUCUUCUUUCUUCGCGGGACAAUUGUCUCGGCGUCCGCGUUGCCGAGGGUUGGUUCAAGGGGCGUAUUGGUUUCGAGGGCGGUCGCCGUAAUAUCUGGGGGCCGAGAACCGCCGUAUUGGCGCAAUUGGAGAUUGCCUUCGACGACGGCUCGACUCGUACAAUCACCACCGACAACACCUGGACCGUCAACAAGGGCCCGAUUCAGCGCUCCGAGAUUUACGACGGCGAAGUGUAUGACGCGACGGCCGAGGUGCCGGGCUGGUCGAUCCCUGGCUUCGAGGCCAUGGGAUGGGCCGCAGUCGAUACCCUGCCCCCGAUCGCAGAUACCGUCCAGCUCCAUGCGGGUGACGCCGAGCCUGUUCGACGCCUCGAAAUCGUCAAGCCCAUCGAAAAGAUCACGACCCCCUCCGGAAAGACGGUGCUUGACUUUGGGCAGAACCUCGUAGGCUACCUUCGGGUCAACAAAGUCAGGGGUCCCCGCGGCCAUAAAAUCACCCUGCUGCACGCCGAGGUUCUCGAGAAGGGCGAGCUUGGCAUCCGGCCGCUGCGUGACUGCAAGGCCCGGGACAUCUACACCCUCUGUGGUGAUGAGGCUGGCGAAUCGUACGAGCCUCGCUUCACCUUCCACGGCUUUCGCUAUGCCCAGGUCGACGACUGGCCAUCCGCAGAUAUUGACAUCCUGGACUCACUCGAGGCUGUGGUCUGCAAUACCGACAUGGAAGAGGCGGGAAACUUCACCUGUUCCGACGAAAUGCUCAACAAGCUGUACUCCAACGUCCGCUGGGGCAUGCGGGGCAACUUUCUUUCGGUGCCGACCGACUGUCCCCAGCGUGAUGAGCGGCUGGGCUGGACCGGCGAUCUCGCCCUAUUCGCCCCGACAGCGACCUUCAUCUACGAUUGUACGGGGAUCCUCAAGAACUGGCUUCGCGACUUGUGGGACGAACAGAAGCGGCAGGACGGCGUGCCGCCCAUGGUCGUGCCGAACGUCGUUCAGGGGCACUUUUUCUGGGGCAAGAUCUGGCCGGCUGCCAUCUGGAAUGACGUGACCAUCCUCGCGCCCUGGGCCCUCUGGGAAGAGACGAAUGAUCUGAACGUGCUCAUCCCGCAAUAUGACUCCAUGGUCGCUUGGCUUGGUGCCAUCCCGAAGAACAAGACUGGCAGUGUACAUCUGUGGGAUUUUGCCGCCCCUCAACUCGGUGACUGGCUGGAUCCCAACGCGUCCCCUCACGAGCCCUGGAAGGCCGUGACCGACCCUCCACUGGUCGCCAAUGCGUUCCUCAUCCACUCCCUCGACGCCAUGUCACAGAUCGCUGGCUUGCUGGGCAAAGAGUCCGAUGCAACCCGUUACCGUGAAGAGGCCGCCGCAUGCCGUCUCGAGUUCGCCGCCGAGUACGUGUCGUCAAACGGCCGCCUCACGUCGGACACGCAAACUGCCUACGCUCUCGCCAUCACAUUCAACCUCCUGGCACCCACUCAACUCCGUCGCGCCGGUGACCGCCUUGCCGAGAUUGUCCGCCGCAACAGCUUCCGCGUCGGUACCGGCUUCGCAGGCACUCCGUACAUCUGCGAGGCUUUGGCCCAAACUGGCCACUCCGAUGUCGCCUAUGCCAUGCUGACUGAGCGGGCGUGUCCGUCGUGGCUGUACCCCGUCACCAUGGGCGCGACGACCAUGUGGGAGCGCUGGGACAGCAUGCUCCCCGACGGCAGCGUCAACCCGGGCGAUAUGACGAGCUUCAACCACUACGCGUACGGCGCCGUGGCCAAAUUCAUGGUCGAGCGUCUUGCCGGUCUUAAGAGGGCGGAAGCUGGGUGGAAGAGAGCAAGGACGGAGCCAGAGAUUGGUGGAGACUUCACGUGGGCGAGGGCAGAGCAUCUGACGCCCUAUGGACGGGUCGCCAGUUCGUGGCGGCUCGAGGGCAAGGAGGGCGAUUUGACGCUUACCAUUGACGUGGUUGUGCCGCCGACCACGGAGAUGGAGGUGGUGAUCCCUGGUGACGAACCGAGGACCGAGACUGUCGGCUCGGGAGAGUGGUCGUUCAGCGUGCCGUUCACGAGGCGGUAUGAAUGGCCUGUCAAGCCCAUCUCGGCCAUGCCUGUCUGA